AUGUUCAAGCAACGGUUUGGAGUGCUCGAGGUCAGAGCCGCAGGCCAAGAGGAAGAGAGGAAAGGCGACGUCCUUGAACGCAAGCUGGAUGAUAUCAUGCUGCUCUUGAAUCGAGAACGCGACCUGUCAGCUCAAAACAGCCAGGCUUCCGACAGUCAACCUUCGCCGUUGGUCGGCCUCGCUUCGCAUAGUCAGGGAGAGGAAGACCCGAACGUGUCGUUCUAUACACCUCCGACCAUCAUCGACCCUAGCGUCGAGGCAAUCACCAUCAUCCCUGGCUACCAAGUGACACUCCAGGAAGCUGAGCUGAUUUUCCAACUCUACACAUCCGACUUCGUCCCACAGUUCCCCUUCGUACCGUUGCCCAACGACAACGCGUACGACUUCUACAGGAGCAAGCCGUUGCUCUUCAAAACAGUGUUAUGGACGUGCAUGCCUCCCAGCCGCGACCUGAGCGUGGGUUUUGAGAGGUGGUUUCGGCAACAUGUUGCCUAUCGAGUCGUCGUCCUGCUCGAGAAGAACCUAGAGAUUCUGCAGGCGCUGCUCGUCUACUUUGCCUGGAACGAUAUUCUCUACUACGCGAGAUCCAGCGACACGAGCCUCAUGCAGCUGGCUCGCGGUCUAGCAGAAGACUUGGGGCUUACCAAACGCCCCGGCAUCCCGGUGUCCCCAUCCGGCUCCAUCUACGAAGAUGCCGCCUUCCUCAGGGAGGACAUCCAGGUAAGAAACCAGCAUACGAAUGCUGGACGGAGGGCUGUCCUAGGUCUAUUUCACAUGUCAUCGGUGCUGUCCGGUCUUCUCGGCAGAUCAUCUUGGCUAGAGUUUACUCGUUACUUUGACGACUGCUGCGAGAAGCUGGCAAAUGCUCAGGAAUACUCGACAGAUCUGCUGCUUGUGCAGCUGAUUGGAGCUCGGAAAGUUGCGCUCAGGGUGGAUGAUACCUUCAGAGAGCAGAGCGAGCUUGCCAACGACCAGACUUUCGGGGGCCUCCACGCCCUGGCCAUUGCUACCGUCGAAAAGGAGUUGGACUCGUUCAUGGACUCCUUGCCCACUCCGCUGCGUUCAAACUAUCUCCUGCGUGAGCAAUCUGCAGCGAUCCGCAUCCGACUCUUCGAGCCGGCCAUCCACGUCCAAGGCAGCACACGACCGCAGAUACCUCACCUCAGAUCUCGCAUGAUGUGGCAGUGCCUGACAAGUAUUCAAGAGCUCCUCAACGCCUUCCUCGCCCUGCCUGUGGAAACAUACGCAUCGCUCACCUUCAUCUCGAUCCUGCACCUCGCGCUGGCCAUCAUCAAGGCCUGCGGCCUCCUCUGCAUGAAAGACCGCGACUGGGACCUCGAAACGGCGAGGGCGAGCCUCAGCCUGGCAGAUACGCUUCAGAUCCUGAGCGAGCGGUUCGAUGCCGCCACUCGUAUCGACGCCGCCGGUUGCGCGUCUCUUGUUAACCGCCAGCCCUUGCUCUCUUCAUAUGCCGAGAAUUACAGAGCAAUCAGGCGCUGGUUCCUGUCCAAGGUCGGUCCUGCGGGGGCUACCAGCACGAUGCCAACGAUGAUGGAUCCUGUGUUUGCGGAGGGUGUGGGAGUGCCUGAAGGCUUUGAGUUUUGGCAACAGUUGUCGGAGUUGACCUAUGGAGCCCUACCAAAUACUUGA